AGAGCAGAAGGCAGUCAUUGCAUUCGUGCUCCUUACUACGCAAAAAAUCAAUAACCAAAAUCCUCAGUGACUACGCUCCGCCAUGUCUACUAGUCCUUACUUUCUUUCAACCUCCAAUACUUGCUGCAGGUCCCAGAAGCUUCGGAAACCCAGUUUCAGAAAGCGUUGUUUGUUGAUGGCAAAGCAGCAGAAAACACGGUUUUACAUCCUUGGACGUUGUAUCGCCAUGCUUUUGUGUUGGCAUGAUCAUUCUAUUUCAGAUUGAGUUCUUCUACAAACUACUUAUCCAUAGGACAAGCUGUUUCCAGGCAUCCGUUGGAGCUUGGAAGACAAAUCUGGGUCUGAAGAUUCAGAUGACAAGAAAAACAAAAAGCUGCGGAAUUCGGAAAGAUCAGAAUUCAAGCGCUGGUGGGUUUCUCCAUUGUUGGUCUCUCCGAUGGAAAACAGGAUUAACUCUAAGGUAGGAGUAGGAAACUAGGAACGGCCAUAGGGUAGGAUAUGGGAUUGGAUCAUGGAUUCAGGGGGCAAUCAUUUGUAUGCCAAAAAGUAAAGGAGCAAAGCGUAAAUAACAAAUUUUUGCUUCUUCAAAAUUUUUCUUCUCUUUUGUUCAUAUGAAUGCAAAAAUUUUUGGACUCUGUUCCCUUCUUCCU